AUGCAAUACGUCCCCUUCGCCUCCGACAUCGAGAUCCCCUUCUACGCCGCCCUCGCCUCCCACAAGAUCAACCAUGACAGGCUGGACGAUUCGGCCAGGAAGCUGUUGGGACUCUACGAGAUCCGACCCUCAGAUCGACCGGAGAACUCGUCUCGCAUGCAGAUCCAUGGCAAUGCCUUGACGAGUGAUGAAGUGCCGGCGGGUUAUUAUCGAGCAGAAGGCAUGAUCAAGAAUGUCAAUACCAUUGAGGACUAUAAGGGUACUGAUAAGGGGAGUAUGCUUCAGCAAGCUGGGAGAACUAUAUGGGACGCUAUCAACGAUGGCACCAUCUACUCUUGUCCUUCUCUGCUGACUUCCUUUGUUGUUCUCUCCUUUGCCAAUCUGAAGAAAUACCAUUUCUACUACUGGUUUGCCUUUCCAGCCUUGCAAUCAGAUCCACCUUGGGCUCCGGUCGCUGAGUCUACUGGUAGCCAAGACGCGAACACUUCCAUAGCCAAGCCCAUGACAUCCGCAGAGACUUCCGCCCUUGUCGAGAAAGUCCAAACUUGGCGAUAUGGUGUCGACGCCCGCCAACAUGCAUUCUUUCUAGCCAAGAGGAAUCGACGGCUGCGGAGGGAGUCCUACAAAGACGAAAGCGAUUCAGUCGAGACGCGACCAACCACGCCAAAAACACCCACCGAAAGGCUCGGCUUCACUUGGCAGGUCUCUUCGCUUUCAGGCUACGAGAGUGGAUUCUUUGAAGGUGAAUACUCAGAAGACUGCUAUGUCUGCUUUGCCGAUCCAUCAAACUAUCCCCAAGCACCAGGUUGGGCUCUGAGAAACCUUCUUGUCUUGAUCAGACAGCGAUGGAAGCGAGAUAGAGUUCAAAUCUUGUGCUAUCGGGAUACCCAGCAACAGCGUGAUGGUGCUAGAAGUGUGAUAUAUGACCUGGAACUGACCAAAAAACCCAAGAAGCCUCGCACAAAAACCGAGGAACCGACCGAGGUUGGAGAAAUCUCUGUGCCAAAGGUGGUAGGAUGGGAGCGCAAUGAAAAGGGCAAGCUGAACGGUAGAAUGGCCGACCUGACCGAGUACAUGGACCCCAAAAAGCUAGCCGAUCAGUCCGUGGACCUCAAUCUAAAACUCAUGAAAUGGCGCAUCAGCCCGAACUUGAACCUGGACAAGAUUAAGAACACCAAGUGUCUCCUUCUCGGAGCAGGAACACUCGGCAGCUAUGUUGCCCGCAAUCUGCUGGGGUGGGGUGUCCGGAAGAUCACGUUUGUCGACAAUGGGAGAGUAUCGUACUCGAAUCCGGUCAGACAGCCUCUUUUCGACUUCAAAGAUUGCCUCGGUGGUGGCGCAAAGAAAGCUGUAAGAGCCGCAGAAGCAUUGAAGAGAAUCUAUCCCGGGGUAGAUUCGACUGGGCAUGAACUGUCUGUCCCUAUGGCUGGCCAUCCUAUUACCGACCCCGCUGGUACCAAGAAAGAUUUCGAGCAAUUGAAAGAGCUGGUCGAUUCACACGACGUUGUUUUCCUGCUCAUGGACACAAGGGAGUCCAGAUGGUUGCCCACCGUCAUGGGCAAAGCUGCUGGCAAGGUUGUGAUGAAUGCAGCCCUUGGCUUCGACACCUUUGUGGUCAUGCGUCAUGGUGUAAAGGUGGAGAAUGCACCAGACACGGAGCUAGGUUGCUAUUUCUGCAACGACGUGGUCGCCCCAGCAGACUCUGUCAAGGAUCAGACGCUCGACCAACAGUGUACCGUGACCCGUCCUGGAGUUGCCGCGAUUGCAUCUGCUCUGCUCGUGGAGUUACUGGUUUCCCUCCUCCAGCAUCCCCAGGGCCCUGCAGCGCCUGCACCCAUGUCGUCAACCGAAGACCGAGGUGACCACCCACUAGGACUCGUUCCACAUCAGAUCCGAGGCUUCCUGUCGACGUUCCAAAAUAUGAGCAUUGCCGGCAAGAGCUACAACUGCUGUAGUGCUUGCUCGGACAAGAUCGCGGAUACGUACAGAGCUGAUGGAUGGGAUUUUGUCCAGAAGGCUCUCAACGAGAAAGGCUUCGUGGAAGAGUUGAGCGGGCUUGCUGAGGUUCAACGGAUUGCUGAGGCUGCUUCUGCCGACGUGGAAUGGGAGGAAGAAGGCGAGAUUGAAGAGGAAGGCGAGGGCGAGAUGAUAUGA